AUGUCAUUUGGGUCUUUUGAUCAUAUAUGUAAUAAAACAGCAUUACCUUUAUGUUCGGUAGUUGGUGCAGUUAAUCAAACUGCUUUUUUUCAACGUGGUAUAGUACCUGAUUGUUAUGCAAGAUCUGUCGAAUUAGCAAAUACUAUGAUCUUUCAAGUUGGUAACGCAUUUGUACAUUUUGGUGGAUUAAUUAUCUUAUUAAUUAUUAUUUUCAAUGUCAGAGCCAAAUAUACUGCUAUUGGUAGAGCAGAAAUGUUACAAUUAUUCUAUUUAUUAAUUGGUUUAAUUGUUUCUUCAUUAAUUGUUGAUUGUGGUGUUUCACCUCCUUCAAGUUCUUCAUUUGUUUAUUUUGUAAGUUUACAAAUUGGUAUUGCAUCAGCUGUUUGUUCAUGUUUAUUUUAUAAUGGUUUAUUAUGUUUUCAAUUUUGGGAAGAUGGUACUAGAAGAUCAAUGUGGAUUUUAAGAACAAUUUGUGUUGUUUGGUUUAUCAUUAACUUUAUUGUUAGUUUAAUAACAUUUAAACAUUGGAAUACAGGUUUAGAUUAUAGAAAGACAACUGCAUUAUUUGUUGUAUCUUACAUAUUAAAUGCAAUUAUAUUAUUAGCAUAUGUUGUUUCACAAGUUACAUUAGUUAUAUUUGCAUUAGAUUCAUAUUGGCCGUUAGGUUCUAUUUGUCUUGGAAUUUUCUUCUUUGUUGCUGGUCAAAUUUUAACUUAUGUAUUUAGUGAUCAAAUUUGUCGAGGUGCUUCUCAUUAUGUUGAUGGUUUAUUCUUUGGAAGUGUUUGUAAUGUAUUUACUAUUAUGAUGGUUUAUAAAUAUUGGGAUUCAAUAACAAAUGAUGAUUUAGAAUUUACAGUUGCAAAUGUAGAACAAGGAGUACAUGAAUUUGGAGACGAUGAAAAGAGAAAUAGUAGUAUGUUUUUCAAUUAA